AUUCUCAUCCAGACCACAGAGAGGCAGUAAAGAGCCACUGCUCAAUGUGCACAUGAAAUUUGGAAAAGCAAAAUCCCCAGAAAAGUCGUAAAAAGAACAGAUUUGUAAAAUAAUUGUUGCAUUUAAAAGUAGCUUAUCAACAGUGUAAAGCUGUGACGAGUGAUCUAUGGAGUUCCCAAAGUUGCCCCCUCACUCCGGGUCUGUUUUAUCAGUAGUGGACAUGCACACAGGUGGAGAGCCGCUGCGCAUUAUCCUGAGCGGGUAUCCAGAGGUGAAGGGGGACACCAUCCUUGCCAAACGACGUUAUGUGAGAGAGCAUCUUGAUCAUCUUCGCAAGGUCUUAAUGUUUGAGCCCCGUGGUCACUAUGAUAUGUACGGAGCCCUUCUGGUCAGAAGUGAGUUAGCAGAGGCUGAUCUCGGUGUCUUGUUCAUGCACAAUGAAGGCUAUAGCACCAUGUGCGGCCAUGCUGUCAUUGCGCUUGGGCGCUUUGCGGUGGAUUAUGGUUUGAUUAAAGCACCCACUUCACCAGAGACGCAGAUAAACAUACACUGCCCAUGCGGAUUAGUGAAGGCCUUUACACAAUAUUCCAAUGGGAAAACCGGAGCUGUCAGAUUCCUCAGCGUGCCAGCCUUUGCUUUCGCUACAGAUGUGAGUGUCUCUGUUCCAGGAUAUGGGUCCAUCACUGUGGACAUCAGUUAUGGUGGAGCUCUUUAUGCUUUUGUGAGUGCUGAGAAGUUUGGAUUGGAUGUCAACAAGUCCAAAACUAGAGAUUUGGUGGAUGCAGCCACUGCUGUGAGCAAUGCUGUCAAAUCCCAGGUAAAGCUGUACCAUCCAGUCAGUGAGGAUCUAGCCUUCCUCUAUGGGACAAUCCUUACUGACGGCAAAGAUGCUUAUUCUGAAGAGCCCACGGCCAAUGUGUGUGUGUUUGCUGACGCGCAGGUGGACAGAAGCCCUACAGGGUCUGGCGUUACUGCUCGUAUAGCUCUUCAGUACCAUAAAGGUCUGAUCGGACUGAACCAGACCAGAAGCUUCCAGAGCGGAGCUACAGGAUCAGAAUUUACGGGAACAGCAAAAGAGGAGACCAUGUGUGGGAACUUCAGGGCUGUGGUAGUGGAGGUCAGAGGUCAUGCUCACUACAGCGGUGUGGCCAGCUUUACCCAGGAGAACAACGACCCCCUCAGUGGAGGCUUCCUUCUGCGCUGACUUAAAGGAUGUAAAGGUUUAAACAUCUAUUUCUGCCUGAUUGCAGGUACGGCUUCUGAUCUUGGGAGCACAUCAAUCGUCUGAUAUAGAUUCUUUGUAAAGGAAAUCAUUAAAAAAACACAUUCAAACGUUGAAUAUAUGUUGUGCUGCGACUGUUACGUGUCACAGGACUAGUUUUGUAAACCUUUAAGAUUCUUUCAUUUAAUGUACUGAUUACUUUUUUGAAAUUUCCUAAACAUUUUAUAAUGAUAUAAGUGUAUAAAUGAACAAUUUUCAUAAUCAGUUCUGGUUUAAAUAAUAUUUUGUCAUUUUUUGAAUUGUGAAUAAUGGCCACCAGGAGGCAUCAUCUGACUACAUUUGAUCCAGCAAAAACUGAAUGAACAGUGUGGUGACAAUGUUUUUACUAAACAGUAUGGUUUGUGUUUUUGUUUUGUUUUUUAACCCAGUCAAAUGUGACUUAAAUUGACAGCAUACAGCAGUAAAUACUUUUCAGAUUCUUCCA